GACUUUUGUUGAUAGAAAGUGGGUUAAAUGUCGGUGUGUUUGUGCGAAGUCACGGUGCUCUUUAUUAUAUAACCACAACCAGGCGGUUUAACGGCUCCCGGUCACUUCCAGCGGCUCUUUCCUCUCAAACUGUCCGACUUUCCAGGGGCACAAAUGGGCGAAACAGAGGAAAAAAGCCCCGAUGGAGUCAAAUACUACAGACUAGCAGAGAUCCAGGAGAAAAACUCGUUUAAAUCCACCUGGAUCAUCAUCAACAACAAUGUCUACGAUGUCACCAAGUUUCUAGAAGAGCACCCUGGAGGAGAGGAGGUGCUGAGGGAGCAGGCAGGAGGAGACGCCACCGAGAGCUUCGAGGACGUGGGACAUUCCAGCGACGCCAGAGACAUGGCCCACGACAUGGUGAUAGGACAGCUGCACCCGGAGGACAGACACCUGAUAGCCAAACCUGAGGAGAAUCAUGUGACCACUCUGACAGACGAGAACAGCUGGUGGAGUAACCUGUUGAUUCCCGGUCUGUCGGCGCUCAUCAUCACGUUGUUGUACCGGAUCUUCACCGCGGAGGACGAGUGACAUCAUCAGACAUGCAGCUGUGAUGUCAUCAGCAGUGGGAUUCCCCGCCUCCUGAUUGACAGCUGCAGCAGCCAAUGGCAGCGCGGGGCGGCUCGCUGCGGACCAACAACCAAUAGGAUCAGAGGGUUAAACAGCACUACAGUACCCACGAUGCAUUUCAGGCUCUCUAACCAAUCACAUGGCAUUAUGCUAAUGAAGCGUGUCACAUGUUAAAUACAGAUUUUUUUGAGCUGAAAUCUUGUAUAAACUCAGUGGAUGUAUAAUUUGUAUCUUUUUAUAUGUUGUUAUCUGAAUGUAAAUGAGUUUAUAAAUAUGCAAUCAGCAGCUAACGAGCCUUUAAUACAUGAACUCUGAUUAUGGCUUGAAGAAAAUGUAUGAAGUUUUUAAUCUGCAGGUGCUUUUACAAUAAAUAUUAUAUAACUUUAAA